AUGCCGUCCGCACGCCGACUGCGCCUGGUGACGCUGGCCGCCGUGGUCACGGUCGUGUUUGUCCUGUUCUACGCCUCGGGGUUCGGCAGCAGCAGGCAGUCGGCCGACUUUUACCACAAGACCAUGGACGCCAUGUCCGGGCGGUCGUCGGGCGGCCAGACCGUCAUCGACGCCGGGACGGGGCUCAGGACCGGCCACAUACCGGCGGACCGCGACGGCGACGGCGACAUUGACGAGGACGAUCACAGGCAGGGCAAGGAUCUCCAGGAGCAACAGGCCAAGCUCGCGCAGGAGGCCAAGGACAGCGCCAACAAAAAGGCCGGCCCCAAGCCCGACGCCCCCAGCAAGCUCGUCGGCGUCGGCAACUCGGCCGAGGGCAACCGCAAGCCCGCCGAGGCCAAGGAGGACGCAAAGAAGAAGACGUCUGCCGACGCAGAGGCCGCUUCGCCCAAGGGCAAGGACAAGGAGAGGGUGGCGGAGACGCCCGCCGAGCAAAUCUUUCACAAUAUCCUGAAAAAGGGACCCGUCGUCAUCUUCUCCAAGACGUACUGCCCGUACUCGAAGCGCGCCAAGGGCAUCCUCCUCGAGAAAUACCUCAUCAGCCCCAAGCCAGAGGUGGUCGAGCUCGACGAGCACCCGCUGGGCCAGGAGCUGCAGGACGUGCUGCUGGCGCUGACGGGCCGCCGCACGGUGCCCAACGUCCUGGUCAACGGCGCCAGCAUCGGCGGCGCCGACGACAUUGUCGAGCUCGACAACAAGGACAAGCUCAUCAGCAAGAUCCAGGACCUGGGCCAGCGCAAAGUCGAGGUGUCGGAGCGCUUCUCGGCCGAGCAGAUCAAGGGUGCGGCGCCCGCUCACCAAUAA